ACUACUGUUUGGAAUACCAAUCGUUCAUUCGACAAAGGACUUUUUAAGUGAAACCAAAUACUAAUUUAUUCUCUUUCAUGGUAAUCGAAAAUGCAAUGAUUUAUAUUCUCGAUCUGUUAAUUAUUAAGGAUCGACAAUAGGAGAUAGUUAUGAGAUAAAAAAAAUGGAGGGCACGUGCGAACGGACGCAAUAAAAAAAUGUCGAGAUCGACCUCGACAAGGUCGCAAAACGAUUGAACGUGUGCUCGAUCGAUGGCCGAAAGAAUGUUGCGUGCCCCUGGUCUUUGGCCAUUGGCCAAGGACAGUUUGCUUGCUUAACUUCGACAGUAGCCAACGAUCGAGUUAUUCUUCGUUUUUACGACACGUUCCUUCUUUCCCAAUCCACCUAACCCAUAAGCUUUCAUAAAGGUAUUAACUAACCGAGACAAUUUAUUCAGCACCAAAGAUUACGUGACAAUGACGAGGAUCACGAUUAUGCGCGAUUACGCGACGCUAAAUAACGAUUAGUUAGUCAACGCGCGUACGAUAAGUAAGACUUCUUCUUCUUUUCCCUUGCAUUUGACUCGAUCGAUCGAGCUAUAAAACGGACUGGAACUCGACUCGAACCAUCAAUCGAUCUUCAACUACGAGCUUUCGAGUUUCAACGAGAACUACUCCGCCAACCGAUAAUCAACAUGAAGUGCUUCGUCGCUAUCGCCCUUUUCGCUAUGAUCGCAAUUGCCUUCGCCGAUACGAAACCGGCCGAAGCAGAGUCGAUCGAGCCUUCUAAUGCGAACCCAUUAGAAGCAGAAGCGGCUAGAAACAAACGAGGAUUAUUAGUCGGUGCUGCAUACACUGCACCGAUUGCAUACACCGCUCCGGUUGCUUAUACCUCAGCAGCGUACGCCUACCCCUACGCAUACACAGCUGCAUAUUCGAGCUACCCCUAUUAUGCGGCUGGUUACAGCGCACCCUACAUCGUGGCCUAGAUAAUGACGACGACCUACGAGCUUUUACCUGACGCCAACAUCAACGUUUUUCCUACUUUUAAAGGUUUUUUUUUCUUCUCUUUUCCUCUUCUACUUUCUUUUCUCACCCACCAAGCAAGCAAGCAAGCGAACUAAGUAUUCGUGCAUUCGCCAUGUCAAAAGGAAUUUAUUCUAACGAAAAUUGUAAAAAAAGAAGAAGAAAAAACAGGUCGGACUCGUACGCACGAUGCAAGAGAACUUUCCUGUAAGCUCUCUCUUGAUAUCUCUUUUGUUUGUAUGCUUUUGUUUUUUUUCUUUUCUUCUUUUUCCGGAUUUUCUAGCCGAAUAGAGGAUAAUACAGCGUGGAAAUAAUCAUAGAGGUAAUCAUAGGUAGAGAUAUUUGUUCUGUUCUUUUUUUUUUUUUUGACGACACGCUAGUAAUAUCCUCUUUUCGUUGCUUUUUUUUUAAAUUAGGCUCUGUCGAUUUUAACUUUAAAUGUUAUUGUCAAGAUAUAACCGUCUUUUAAAAAAGAAACUUAUAAAUGUAACCAAUGUAAUUAAUAAUAAAUAUUAUAUAUGAUAUGUGCAUAUAAAUAAUGUUUCUCUUUAUUUCUUUAGAUAAUAAUAAUAAUAAUAAGAUAAUUACUGAAAAGAAACGUGCAAACAAAAUUCGAACUAUUCUCGGAAAUAAAACCAACGAAAGGGGUACACGUAAAUUCCAUUAAAAUGAAAAAUUUCGAUCGAUCGAUCGAUCGAAAAGUGAAUUCUGGUUAUCGGAAAGUUCGAAGAAAAAUUGCAUUCCAAGUUUCUCUCUUUCUUCGGUUGGAAAGGAAUUUCUUUUCUUCGGAAUAAAUCGAAACUAUUUCUCCAACGUCGGCAUGUUUCGUUAACAAAGAAAGAAAGGAGGGUAUCUAUUUUCAAGAUAACAGUUAAAAAUCUUGUGAACAAAAAAUAUGUAUUAUAUUUAUAAUAUCAUACAUACAUGCGAGAUAUGUGCAACCAUCGAUUUUCCCUAACUUUAUAUUCUUUCUCUUUUCUCCUUUGGUUCGUGUAUUUUUUUCUAUUUAUUCGUAAAAAUAAAUUCCUACGUGAGCGUGUAAAACACAAGGGAGAACCGCGUGCCAAUAUUUUUUUAUAACCCAGUGUAUAAACGACGACUUGGACGGAAUGUUUUAUAUCGAAAGUUGCUUCGAUCCGGAUAAAAAAAAGAAGUGGAUAAAAAAAAAAAAAAAAGAAAAUAGAAAGGAGAGAAAGAGAGAACGAGAAAAAUAUUGGAGAAUAAUAAAAUAAAAAAUAAAAAUGUACAAGCAAUAUAUAGAGAAGUGUAAGUUACGUUCGGAAAUAAGGGUAAUAAGCACAGCGAUUCGAAACAGACCGAGUGUGGUAAAACUUUUAAUUGCUCCCGUUGAAUGUCCCACAUGGUAA